AUGGCCGAGGAAGCCGGCGCCUCUCCCCGGCAGGGACGUCCCUCAAUGACCGCCGCCAUGCGCAGCAGCUCGUUUCUGAGGGAUCACCAACAGUAUCGCCCACCGCACAAGCCCGAAAAUCACUAUGGGAUUGACACUGUCGUUGAGGACCUUCAGGCGACUAGCGUCUCGCCGCGCGAGAUCACCCACUUCCGGGGGGUUCCCUCGCCUGAGCACCCUCCCACGAUUGUCGAGAGCGGCUUGAGCCACGAGUUGUCGCAUCCAGACUGCACACCGAGGCCUGGCGCCCGCACCGAAAAGCUCGUCGCAACCUUGUUUUACCGCUCCACGACUCCUCGGGCUUCGAACGCGAUCCCCUCCCCGAAAACGGCCGCUUCGCCGCAGAGAAGCCGGUCCCCCUCGCUCCGCGCCCCCUCCGACUCCGACAUCCCCCCAACUAUGGCCCCGAGCAGCAGCCUUGAUACCUACCCCCUCGAACCACCCGCGACUGAGCCUGAGCCACUCAAUCAUCUCUACGGCUCAUACGUCACGCCCAUGUGCAUCACCUCCUUCCUGCACCUGAUGACCACGUUCCCGCUCCCUGCCGGCUCAAAUGACCUCACCUCGGCGCACCGCUGCAUCAAGUUGGACGCCAGCCAAGAUCACCACCCCGUGGUCGUCGAGCUGACGGUUUCCCCCGCGCCCUCGCUGGACUACCUCUCCUUGGCCGACCUCCGUAAGCACGAGCUUAUCUACAGGUUCGAGCGCGAGUGGAACGUCGACGUGGCGCUCCGCGCCGACACCCUCUGGCGACGGUACCCGCGCCUGGUGGUAUUCGAUAUGGACAGCACUCUCAUCACGCAAGAGGUCAUCGACCUCCUGGCCGCCACCAUCAAGGACCCGCCGGACCUGGCUGCGCGCGUCGCCGACAUCACCCACCGCGCCAUGCUCGGCGAGCUCGAGUUCGAUUCGGCCUUCCGCGAGCGUGGCCGCAUCGUCGGCAAGGAGCGCAAGCGGGAGCUUCUGAUCGAGAUCGCCGAGAAGGAGGGCAUCCCCCUGGAGCAGGUGGUUGCCGUGGGUGACGGCGCCAAUGACCUGCUCAUGAUGGAAGCUGCGGGUCUGGGUGUCGCCUGGAACGCGAAAAACCCAGAGUGCAGAUGGAGGCCAGCGCGCGCAUCAACGGAGAUAGCAUGCUAG